AAGACUGAACGUGAAGGAAAAGUGUUGAGCGGUUAAAUAAGAAAAGUGCCAACCUACAACAAGUAGGCAAAAGUCCCAACUAGUGUUCGACGACAACUCUUCAGCGACAGAGUCUGCGAAUCUGCGAGUCUGGCCAGCCAACUCAUCCAAUCAUCCUGUGUUGCCAAGGCCUGCUGCUGGCGCUCCUGCUGAUAAGCAGCGCAUUUUAAGCCUAACAUAUGGCAGAAGGCAUCGAUGCCAACAUGCAGGGCGACCCCCAUCAGACGCUUCAGCAUUUCCUCUGGUGGGCCGAUUAUCAUGGCAAGCAAUGUGCAACAACAGCGACAACAACAACAGCACGCAGCAACUGAAAAGGACACAGAGGAAACAGCAGCGGAGCAGCGGCAACCAGAGCUCCUUCAUCAUCAGCAGCAGCCCCAACCACAACAGCAACAACAACAACAAGCACAAGCAGAAUGCGACGCAAGGACUGAGCAGCGAUUGCAACAACAACAAAAACAACAAUCGCAACAUCUGCCACGUCAGCACGAGCUCUUGCAUCAUCAGCGGCAAUCCGCGCAGUCCCACUCGUCUCUGGCGGCGGCACAACAUCGCCGCAGCCGCUUACUGAUCAGUCAGGGUGCUCGUAGACGGGAAGUUCGGGGCUGUGGCAACGGUCUUGGCGGCAGCGGCGGUGCUGGUGGUGGCGGCGGCGGCGGUGCUCUGCUAUGCUGCAAACUGAACGUUCUAAGACGACCCGCUAAGCUCCUGCAAUACGGUUUUGUCGCUCUGUUUCUCCUGCUACUGACCACCCAUGGAGAUUUUGUGCAAGCGGAGGGCAAUGUUGGCUGCCAGUUUGUUAGGACGCUCUGCCUCGAUGGCAGCGAGGUCUGCUAUGAUGAUAACAUCUUCGGAAAGUGCAUUCCCACCACCGGCGUCGAUGUUGAGGACAUUGAGAACUUAUCUCCCUCCUUUGCCAGGACACCGCUCACCGACGACCAAUCUCGGCUGCUGGCCACCAUGCUGGAGGAGCUCCAGGGCGCCGGCCUAGGCUGGGAUCACCCGUACGUGCAAUGCCGCAUCCAAGGCGCACUUUUCUCCCUGCAGCGUCACCAGCAGCUGCCGCCGAACCUAUGCGCUAAUCUGGCGCCCACACCACCCGAGUUUGGGGAUCCGGCCAGCGCCAUGGCCCAUGUGCGGUUCACCCCGCCCGAGGCUGAGGAUGAUUACUACGAACAGCCGGCACCGCUAUAUCCAAUGUUACGCAAAAAGCAGUCCGUCGAUGGCAACGGCAUCAGUAGCCUACUGCACGAGCUACAACUGCAAGAUCGGCGACGCUUGCGUCACGAUCCGCUUGAGUUGGAGCACUUUGAGAAGUUUGAUGUGCAGAGCUCGCAGCUGGAGACGCCAAGUGUGAUGAAUGCCUUUUUGGAUACGGAGCGACAACGAAUUGAGCGGGAGCAGGAGCUGCGUGCAGCUGAGCAGGAGGCGGAGCGCAAAACAUCCCAACAGAAUCGUCUGGAAUUAUACCAAAUACUGGCCGAUUCUGAGCCGGAUCCGCAGCCAUAUCAACGCAAGUCGCAAGUCAAUCCAAUGGAUCAGCUAGAGGCCGUAGUCGAGCAGCAACAACAAAAGGAGCAACAGCAGCAACAGCAGGAGCAAGAGCAGGUGCAAAUGGUGCCUCCUAUCUAUGUGCCAGAAGAGGUGAACGAGUCCAGUGAGCUUUAUUUCCCCGAUAACUUUGCGCCCUAUAAGCGUAUGGGUGGGGAGCUCAUGGAACAGCCAAAGCGUUCCUUUUUCCGAGAGCUGGCGAAUGAACAACGACAGGCCCAAGAACCGCUGUACAGCGAUCAUGCCGAGCUGACUGAUGUACGAGCAGCAACUGAAAAGCGACGCCCACGUCCUCCAGCCUUUGGUCAAUUAGACGAGAGCGAUGCCUAUGAGCAACAGCAGCGGGAUCUGCAGCGCCUGCAGGCAUACGAAGCGGGCCUCCUGCGUAAUUCGCUGACGCCAUUUGAGGAGGAAGCGAUACUCGCAUCUAAUACGUACCCGCGACGACAGCACAAGCAACGCGUCUACACCGAAGGUGGCUUACUACUUGUGCCUGAGAACGACAUGCAAGCGGACGAUCCGGUGGUGUUGAAACAGUCCCUUCUCGCCAAUAUGUUGGGCUUUGCGCGGCACGAGCGCCUCGAUGUCAAGAAACCGGGACCGCUACUGGGACCACCAACGGCUGCGCUCACCAAUCAGCUGGACACGGAGAAACCACGUAAGCUCGAUGGCAACAAGGAGGUACUGCCGGCGCACAUCAAGGGAAGUUUCGAGGAUGAUGAGGCACACAAGAAGAAGAAGGUUAUCAAGGAACAGCACUCUGCCGAGGACCAUGCGCCGCACACCGUAGACACUGAAUAUGCACAUGUGUUCGUAAAGAACCCCAUUGAUAGUUGGUACGAUGGGCAGCGCAUCAUGAAUGAGUUGGCGCAAAUACUACACAUGCAGGGAUACUUUUCUUAUUUAACCGUUCAACCACACGAAGUUAGCUUCCGGGUUGACUCAAACAACCCCGAGCGCAAGACCGCCGCCGAUGUGGCGCGCACCAUCAACGAGAACCGCGGUGUCAAGAACAACAUCCAACGACGCGUCGGCUUCUACGUUCUGCAUGCAGGCGUGGGUGACAAGGUCAAAGAUCUACAGGACCCAAGCGUGUCAUCGUCACGCAUCGAAUUGGAUGAACAGGGGCCGGACGUGACACAUAUUAUGGCCUACAUGUUUGCUGGCGCCGGGGCCGCUGCGGUCAUUGUCAUAUUGGUCACGCUAAUUCUCAUCAAACGACACGAUCGCAAGCGAGACAAACUAGGUGGCCUGCAGUCGGGCAUGGGUGGAGCGGAAAGCUGCAGCAAGGACUACCAGGAACUGUGCCGGGCACGCAUGGCGGGCAAGGGUGGCAACGGGAAUGGUGGAGGUGCCGGGAGUGCCAACAAUACUGCUGAGCCCGUGCCCAGCGGACGCAUCACGUCGCUAAGCAAAGAGAGUGAGGGUAGGCCACCAUCCUCCCGCUCCAGCACAUCAUCGUGGAGCGAGGAGCCCGCGUUGACGAACAUGGACAUCUCAACAGGACACAUGGUGCUGUCGUAUAUGGAGGAUCACCUGCGCAAUAAGGGUCGACUACAGCGCGAAUGGGAUGCCCUGUGUCGGUACGAGGCCGAGCCGAGUGCUCGCGAAGCCGCAUCGCAGCCACAGUGCGCGAAUCUGAAUCGUCCAGGCGCACCUCUACCGUAUGAUCACUCGCGCGUUGUCUUAAACCAUCUGGCUAAUGCGGAGGGGCUGGACUAUGUGAAUGCAUCAACUAUUACCGAUCACGAUCCACGCGCACCCGCCUAUGUGGCCGCACAAGGACCAAUGCCCUCGACUCUGGCACACUUUUGGCAAAUGAUUUGGGAGCAGGGUGCCGUUGUCAUUGUAGCCCUGUGUCGGCUGCAGGAGAACGGAGAGGUCGCCUGUGCACGAUAUUGGCCGGAAGAGGGUGCAGAGGUCUAUCACAUCUAUGAGGUUCACUUGGUUAGCGAACACAUUUGGUGCGAUGAUUACCUCGUACGUUCUUUCUACUUGAAAAAUCUGCGCACAAGCGAGACUCGAACCGUCACCCAGUUCCACUUCCUAUCGUGGCCACAAAUGGGCGUGCCGGCACAGGCCAAGGCUCUGCUGGACUUCCGACGAAAAGUGAACAAAUCGUAUCGCGGUCGUUCCUGCCCCAUUGUGGUGCAUAGCAGUGCAGGUGCAGGCCGCACCGGCGCCUACAUUCUGCUCGACCUGGUUCUGGGACGCAUGAACAAGGGUGCACGGGAGAUCGACAUUGCUGCCACAUUGGAGCAUCUACGCGAUCAACGCGCCGGUGUUGUGGCUACCCGCCAACAAUUUGAGUUUGUGCUCAUGGCUGUGGCAGAGGAGGUGCAUGCAAUUCUUAAGGCUCUACCGGCGAACACCUCGGGCGAGAAGCGUGACCUGGAGAAGGACAAUGCGAAGGAGCCGCUCAAGGAGGACAAGGCGCAAGAGGAGGCCGCAGAGGAGGAGGCACCCACUAGCAGCACCAAAGCAGCGGCAGCUGUAUCCAAGGACAAAGAGCAGGUGAAGCCAGCAGCGACCAGCAAGGCGGAGCAGAAAUCGGUGGAACAGAAAACGCCGGCCAAGUCCGCAGCCAAACAGCCAAAGAAGUAGAUCAAUUGAUCAAAAAAAAUAUGGAACAUCAUAGGAGCUGUUGGCUUCUCAUCUAGGCGGAAUGGUGCGUCAAAGUGGAACGCGUCAUAUUUUGUUGCAGCGUUUCGGGGGUCUUUUAAUUGCUUAUCUAGUUAGUUUAUUCAUUUACGCGCAAACUGAAGUCAGUUUUGUCUCAGCUACCAUUUAGUUGAAAGGUUUAAGCACAAGGAAGGUUCGAAAAUGGCUCCACAUGGUUGGCAAGUGUUGGAUUAUCUUAAUUGCUUAUGGUUUUCUUAGCUUCAAUUUUGUUCCACAAUUAACUAAAAUCGUUUGAUUUCACACAUUAGUUAGCCAUAUCCACAGCCUCGCACCUUGAUCUGGGAACCGGCAAUACGCAGCUCCAGGUGCUCACACCAGCCCGUUACAUUUGGAGCGCGUCCUUGCGGGUCGUCUCCGAGAGCAUGGCGUAGGGUUGGGGAUAUGGCGCAAUCAAAUGUUUUAUUGCACAUUAUUAGAAUAUAAAGCAUAUAAGUGUAAUAAAUAAUAUUAUAUAUCUACAUAUACAUAUACAUGUGUCUAGUUGAUAAGCAUUCGAAUCAAUUAUGAAACAUUUUACUUACAUAUUGUAUAUCGAUGUUGGCAUUAACUAUUCGUAUUCAAACUCUAUUCGAUGUGCUUGAAAUAACCAGCCGUGAGAAGAACAUAGCGAGCUAAAUUAGUAUACAUAUGCCACUAACAACAACAGAAAGCCGAAAUGCACACUGUGCUACACAACAGUGCAACUACAACAUCCAACAAGGAACAUAAUACCGCAACAAACAUAUGCAUAGGAACAGCAACACAUAUUUCUAAAAAUGCAAUUUGUACCUUCGAAAUCAAACAAACUACAAUUCUAUUUACAAAUCAUAAAAAAACAAUUAAGGAAACCUGUCGAUGUGUAUGACAAUUAAUUAUACAAGAUGCAUAAUAUAAAUAUACGAGUAUAUUUAAAAGAAAAAUUUAUUCAUAUUCAUAUACAAUAUGGUGAAUGUCAUUACUAAUUACCUUUAUAUCUAAAGAUAUACAUGCAUAUAUAUAUCUAAAUAUACACAUACACAUAUAUGUGUAUGUGCAAAAAGCAAGAUGAGAGAUAAUAUUGUUUUACCAAGCCAUAUGUGUGCGAAUUGUUUACGUUCUAUGUUUUACGUUCAAUGUUCUUAGCUUAAAUCUAUAUAUAUGCGUUAUCCUUCCACAGUUCUUCACAAUACAAAACACACUAGAACAGAGCAUUUUUUUGUGUUGACCCCGCCUACUGUCCAUUCGCGAAUUCGCUGUCCUAUUUUACAAUCACGAACUACUCAUCCGACCAGAGGGCAGCUAAAAAUUGGCUGGCGAAUGGCGAGUGUGUUUGUGGGCUGGGCGGAGGGUGUGCCACAACAUUGGUAACAGCCAGAUAUCCCGAGAAUAUACUUAUUAAAAAUUGUACACAUAACCCGCACUAUCACAACAACUACUCAGGCAUGACCGUUUGAAAGGUUCAAAAGGACAAAGACAAACAGUAAAAAGACUAGAUGAGAAAUAAUAACAAAACACACGGCGACACGCUACACGAAACACCCCGAGGAACAACCACAAAGAUACAAAAGACCACAUAGGCACUAACUAACUAACUAAACGAGUGGAACCUACAAGAGAGCCUCUUUAUAGUAAACGUAACAACAACAAAUAGCAAAGUAAGUGCAGAGCAUAAAAAUAUAUAAAAAAAAUAAAAAAUAAAUGAAUAAAAUGAAAUUCAAAAAAACCAAAUAAAUCGAACAAAACUAAAUGCAAAUGCUGCAAAUAAGCAAAAAAUAUGAAAAAAAUGAUUACAUACCCAUAAAGAUUUAAAGAACAGUUUUAUGUAGCCGUUGAAAUUUAAAUAUUAAACAAGCAUAAUGAGUUAUUGUAGUUUGGAAUUUGAACAAUUUUUAGCUUUAAGCAAACAAAAUGCAAAAAGCAAAAACCAGCUAGACAAAGAUACUAUAUUUCUUUCUUAGCAUUUCUUUUGUUAUCGAACAUAAACACACAAGCAAACAUAAGACACAAAUGACUCAAAGAAAAGCAAAUGGAAACAAUAUUACAAUAACUGUGGCAAGCCCGACAACAACUUGCGGCUUGCAAAAACAACAACAACAACUAUAAAAUUAGUAAUGUGGUAGAAAAUAAUAACAAUGUUUUAAAGCAAAUAUUUAGUAGAGAGUUUUUGAUUGAUUUUAAUUAAAGCAAAAAACAAAACAAAACAAAACAAAACCAAGGUUUUUUCAAAGUUAAUAAUGAAAAUUUUUCAAUGUUCUUCGACAACCAAAUUAAAUUAAAUAAGUGUACUAAAACGAAUGAAAAUGUAGUAAAAAGAAUAUAACAAAAUUAUUCAUGUAUAUUUGAAUUAAUGUUAAUUAACAAAAACAAAAAAAAACAACAAUUAAAAGAAAACAACAACCAUGCGUAGAAAAUUGAACGGAACAACAACUUACACAUAAAGUAAAUCAUAACCUAUUAAUUACAAACUACGUUAAUUAUAUACAUACUACUUAUAUACAAAGUACGACAUAUACUAUACAUACAUAUUGGUGCAUACUGUAGCACAGUUUAUUA